AUUGCAGAAAAUGCUGACUGACAGUUUCCGUUCAGAAAUAACUAAUCGAUACAUUAUUACUCAAGUAAUAGUGACGUUUUAUUAAGAUUAUUUCUAACUAUUUUAAAAAAAUCAUUCGCGUUCAAUUUUUUUUUCUGAUUUCCUAAGUGAAUCCUGCGCUCUGCACUUCCGUUUACAGGUAGGUAAAUUCGCAAAGUUUUCAGUUGGCCUAUAUUUCAGUUGGAAGAAGUUUGGCUAGCCAAUGAUUUACCCGAUGUCCGUUGAUAUUCAAACUUUUUAUAUUGUAGAGGAUCAGUGAGCCAAGUCCAGCGCCGACCAAGCAAUAUCAGUCGACAGUGAAGCCAGUCCUCACCGAGUGCCACUGCAGAUUCCACAUCACGCUAGCCCCAUUGCAAUCGUUUAUUUCGUGCAGCGUGUAGUGCGAAGCACAAAACUCAGUGCAAUACAAUAUUAUCGUCGGUCGUGGUUUCUGUUUCCAUACCGGAAAGUGGUUCUUUUAUUUGGAGAAAUGGAUGAUUUUAUUGAUUACGAUAUAGAAUUGUUAGAAAGUGAAGAAUUGGUUGACCUUACACAAAGUUGUCCCUCUCAAAAUCAACCACCGAAGCCGGCGUCUAAGAAAAAAAGACGGAUGGAAUUUUUCUCAAACGAUGAGAAAAAGCUACUGAUUUCAAAAGUCAAAAGUCAUCCGGCAAUUUGGAGUUUGCAGGAUCCCGAUCAUCAUAACAAUGGAGCAAUUAGAAUGGCUUGGAAGCAAAUCGCUGGUGAAUUGUGCAGAACACCUGAUCAAUGCAAGACGGCAUGGAUUGCCAUACGGGAAAGCCACCGCUAUAGGAAACGCAUGAUGCUGAAGCGGUCUGGUAGUGAUGGUGGAGAACCCUUGCCAGGUCCUUCUACAGAAGAUUUGGAUUGGGAAUUUGCUGAGGAUCUGGCAUUUCUACCAGAUAUUUCGAGGAAGAGAAAGACAUUCACGACGGCGCAGAAUGGUUCUUCACAAAUAGCGUUGGAAAGAAUUACUGGUGAUGCUAACGGAAAUUCUCAAUCUAAUUAUUUUUAUCAAACUCAUCCAUCCCAGCGCAAGCCACGAGAAGAUGAAACGGUUUCUAUAUUGGCUGAUAAUAUUGCUGAACUGAUUCAGCAUCAGAAAUCCACACCGCAAACGGACAGAGAAGAGCACCCCAUUGUGCACAAGACUGCACUAGCAAAUAUAGAUAGGAUGCUACAGCAGCUACCGCCGCACGUAAUCGAAGAUUCCCUAUUUGAAAUAACGACGUUGUUAUAUAACAAGAUAAGGCUCUACCGUAGCGAAUAGUUUGUAGUUUUCUUUUUGUAUAAACAUAAAUGUAGUGUUGAAAAUAUAAAUAAAUUCGAAAAUAAUAAAGCAUACAUAAACAAGC